AUGAGUCUCCGGUCCAUCCCCGCCGCCGGUGUCCCCGGGUCUUCCGGCUCGCUGUGCGUGUUGCUGCUGCUGCUGCUGCUGCUGACGCCUCAAGUGCCCCUAGCCAGCGCUGGUCCUGUCUCGACGUUGGUGAGAGAGCUGCGCUGCAUGUGUUUAAACUUCACUCCUGGGAUUCACCCCAAAAUGAUCAGUAAUCUGCAGGUGAUAGCCGCUGGCCCACAGUGCCCCAAGGUGGAAGUGAUAGCACACCUGAAGAAGAGUGAGAAGGAAGUCUGUCUGAAUCCAGAAGCCCCUUUGAUCAAGAAAGCCAUCCAGAGAAUUCUGGACAGUGGGAAAAAGAAAAACUGA